CGCAUGAAUUCUAUGAACCACCGUAAAGCAUUGGUCACAAAGCUAGCAUACAUGAGCUUUAUUAUAAAGUAUUAUGGGUACCUACACGAGACUGCACAGAUGUUUAGAACUCUCUGUAAAGCGAGUAAAAGAGUAUGGGAUAAUAGCCAAAAAGCUAUUCUUAAUACAAUUGUUGUUGCUGAAAAACUCAGAGCCUCACUUCACCUGGAGUAUAAAAUAAGCAGGUGAGAUGUAGACUACCUUCUUAGAGGAGACAAAUUCAAUUAUUUAGUAAUAACUUGCAGUUUUAAAGAUUGUGUAUCUUACAUGUACAUGGUCAAGCUCUUAAAAGGAAUUAAAGAGAGAAAUAAUGCUCUUGGAGUCCAAAAUAAAGACUUUUUAAAGAAGAUUACCAUUGGUAUGCCAGAAAUGGGAACAAAUUUUGCUUACUUUAUGGAGAAUUUCCGCUCCCUAGGAAUUAAUUCUGAAUGCAUUCAAGUUAUGAAUUAUUCAGCAUUUGAGAAUAUGGCUUCUCUCAAACCAUCUGAGUUUUAUGAUAAAAUUACUCUUCCUAUAUUGCAAACUAAUUAUCAAAAGCUGACGAAAAUUACAGACAAGUGCCAUGUACUGAGCCUUGAUUAUUUUGUUCCCAAGAACUUUUCUGUUUUAAAUAAGAAGUAUCGCGUUCUCAGACUAGAAGCUAAUAAGCUUUCUCUUGUUGCAAAGAUCAUGGCAACAUUGAAAGAUAUCAACACAGAAUGCCAAGCUGUUGAACUUUUAAAAUUCUCCGAAAAUGAUUGAUUAGGAGAUUUGGACAAAUUUCUAAAUUUCUUCCCAAAUAUUAAAACUGUGAUCGUAGCAGGGAAUAGUUCGAUCGAAACUUGACUAGAUGCAAAUCUCUUUAGAAAAGACUGGGCAGAUACCCAGACAGAGAAACUUUACCAUUACAGUGAGAGAUACCGUUUCCCUCAUUUAAACAAAAGUGAACUUUUGAACCUUAAGAGGAUCAAUUCUCUGAGACUAGGAUCAAGUAUAUGAAAAUAAGGACUGCGACCUAGCUUUCAACAGAUCAAAUGUAAAAUUCGCAAUGAAGAUCGGAGACGAAGAUGACUUUUACAUCUUCAAAGCUGAUAAGUUCUUACUUUAUUGACAAAAUAAAGAUAUUUUUAAAAGUCCUGAUGAAAUCCUUGUAAUUCAGCAAAAAUCAAAUAUAAAUUUUCAGAUGGAAAUCACUAAUUAUUAUGCACUUUGGAAGCAGAGUGACAAUAAUAUUCCUGAAGAUGUUUGCAGAGACUUUAGAAAGCUUGAGUCUCUCAGAGGAAUAGAGGAAGAAGAUAUCUGCAUUCUCGAUUUUAAUGAAGAAGUAGUAAUCCAAAACUCUGGGGUUAAAGUACUAAAUGAGAUAUCAGACUCAGGCCAAGAAUACUUCCUGGAAGCUGAAAUAUGUGAAGACAGUUUAACACACAUUGAUAUCGAUACAUGGAGAAGUGUCUGUGAUUUGGUCGAGAAAUUAGAAGGAAAGUUUAUCACAUUACACUUGUUGCGUGAUAGUCAGAAUUAUAUUGAGAAGUACUUGGGGCUUCCUAUUAAAAUUAAUUGCAUAAACAAGCUUCAUAAUUUUCUUAAAGAAGAAGAAAGAGAGCUCUUAUCAGAGCUAUUACUAAAACUCCAAAAUUGCCAUGUCCUAGACUUCACAUGUGACCUAAUUUUGCCAGAAACUGAGAGCUUUGCUUUCAGUUUCUGAGAAUUUCUGAUAUCUAGUCCUAUUCUCACUACUUUGAGAAUAAAUUUGCCCUCUGAAAUGCCUGUAUGGAAUGUUCUGAAUAUGCUUGAGAAGAACUUAAUGAUCAAGAAAUGCAUCUUGGACACUACUUCUAUCUCUAAAGAAGAGAUCGAGAUGACUAAGAAGUUUCAAAGAAAGAGAAUUGCUUCAGAAGUAAUUAUAAUACACAAAAACAGAAAAUUAUAUCCUGAGGGAAAGUUGUCAAAAUGGAGAGAACAUUUUGACAUAUAUGAAGAACUAUACCUUUAUCGUUCUUAAAAUUUUGAUUGACUAAAUUCAAUCUGA